AUGGGGGAUAGAAAACAAGAAGUAGCACCCGGUUGCGAACGGGAUUCAAAGGACGUUGGAGAAGCAACGAGUGGUCUUUCAACUGACGAUGUGCAUGCCGAAGGCUACGCGCCGGAGGCAACAACAAACCAAAAUAUGGCUGCAGCGGAGCAGACCCAAGAACAAGAAACCCAUAUUAACACUGGCGCUAACUGGGAGGAAUUUAGCAACACAGUUAUAGCGGCGGAUCGUUUUGAUCCAAUGGAGGAGCAAGUCUAUUAUUACCAGGAUGAGGACGGCAAUUAUUAUUGCUAUACAAACCCACAGUUAGUGGCUGAGAGCGAGACAUAUGAUAGUGCCCACACCCAUGUCGCGCGUGAUAGUUUGGCUAGAUAUCACGAGUACAUUAACUGGAGGCCACGCAAAUAUGCCUUUCCCAUCGACGUUAUAGUCUAUACAUUUGUAUCCAAUGCGUAUAAGCUGUAUCUCAGUCUUCUUCUUUAUUCCGCGGGAGUACUCAUUAUUCUAACAGGCUUGGACUAUACUUUCUCUGUGGUGUAUCAUAUUUACAACCCACCGUCCAAAGAAAAACAGGUCAUGCAGGUGAUCUGUUUCUUAUCGAUGUUUUUCUACCUCACCUUUGCCAUAGUGAACAUCAUAUGCGUGAUGCUAGACAUGCUAACCAAUAUUUGGUCGCAAAAACUUGAUGAUAUUCAGUUUUGGGGCAUGUCACAUAUGUGUAUCUCAAAGCGGAAACCACCGUAUCUGGUGUACUUGACGAUUUUUAUAGCAACGGUCAUCCUACCACUAAUAUGGAGUGUUGUUGAUGCCGCUUCAAGCAAUAAUACAGCACUGUAUUGGUUACAGUGCUACGCAGCGGUUGCGGUCAUCGUUGCUGUAUUUAUGGUGAUAGUGUGUUAUGUGUGGUUCUACUGGCGAUCUAUAGUAUACAAGAGCUCGGCUUUACGCAAAUACAAGAAACGAGACGAAUUUCCUUAUCGCAAGGAGGCAUACAAACAUCAUCCCGAGAAAAUGAGAAAAACUCACUGGUAUCAUGCUCAGACUGUUCUGGAGGAAUUCGGUUUUGACAGGAUAUCUGUGAGAUGUGAUUCGAUCGUCUUCACAGUUGGGUGCGUCCCACUUUUUGCCAUGUGCGCUGUUCAGGUCUUGAGCACAUACACAGGGGAUCCGUCGGUGCUGUGGGCUGCUAUUGCUUCAUUAGCGCUUGUCUGUAUCUAUACCGUUACUUGGCUCUCUUUAUUUCAGAGGAAAAAUCAUUGGUACAUUUAUAUGACUCUCUUAUUAAAUUUUGCUUUCCUUAUCUUUGGCAUAAUUGGGGGUCUCAGCACCGGGGAGCCAUCCAUGGCUGGAGUCGUAGUUUUACUCUGGUUUAUAUCCCAAUACAUGCUGAUUCGUAGGCGGAUACAUUCACUGUCGGAUAAGGAACUGCGCACGAUGCUAGAAAUUCCGCCGGAUUACAAAGCUGAAGAAGAGAGACAUAAAGUAAAGAUAAAUUCAUAUUUAUUUUGUUGCAAUGAUGUCAUCUUAGAUUAUGCCAGUUGCUCAAGCAAGAUGUACUUUCAGCAUAAGCAUCCCGAUGUCCGUGCUGCGGAGGAAAGCCGUAACAUUGAUCGAAUGGCCCUGAGAAGCGAUCAGAAAGUGCUCCUAGUAUGGUGGUUCUUUGUCUUCUUUGCUGUUGCAUUCGUCAUUGGGGUGGGUAAUACUGUUCGGUAUAUGCCCAAGGGUAAUAUUGCGCAACUAGCGAGUGCAGUGCAAGCGGGAACUGAUCCUAAUUCUCCUGUAUGUCAGGUGGUGUACAAUAGUAAUGGCAAUGCCCCACUCAAACUCUACGAUUUGGCGUUGCUAAGUGCAUUAUCUUUCACCUAUUCAACGUUCAGUGAUAAUGACUUCGCUACGUGGUUUUCGCACCGGAAGGAUUUUACGCGCGUUUACCCCAAGAAACUCCCUCCUACGCUUGACUACCAAACCGAUGGAACAGCUAUUCGUUAUUCUGUUUAUAACGACAAUUCAUCAAGUUUCUACAUUAUCACGCUCAAUUCCAACAGUAGAGGUCUGUCUGUUUUUCGCAACAUGAAUGAUUGGGGUGAGUCAAUUGUUUUACGAGUUGCGGAAGCUAUCACUCCCUUAAUAAGCCUCUGGCCAGACAGCUACAAGAAAGGUUUUGUUCAGAAUGCAAAGUUUUUCAAGGAUUGGUUCCCUCGCUCAAAUAACCUUGAUAAUGUGAGAAAGACUAUUGAACUCCUCAUUGAGAAGGGGUUUAUGAAGAAUAUUCUCUUAGUGGGUGAUCAAUUCAAUGGGGGCUAUGCUAAAUUGCUUUCGGACGAAUACAACAUCCCUUUCUUUGCUUUUAACUCCCCUGGAGUAGGGUAUAAACUUUCAUCUAUGGUCAAUGGCUCACAGAUAUCUGCGGUGCGGGGGUUGUGGUCGUAUGUGGAUUCUCUAGAGGAUUCUGGUAUAGCCAUGCGUUAUCCAUGCGCCAGUUCCCAUUCUUCAGCUAAUUGUACUCGAAUAACCGCUGUCAUUGACUACAUUUACAAUCUUUGUGGUGAUCCUUACAGGAGAAUCAUUCGAAAUAUUUAG